AUGUCGAAUAACGGCUACGCGCUACAGCAGACGACGACCGCAGGAGUCAUUAAACUAGAACCCACCCUCAGCAGUGGCGCCAAACCGACGCGAGGCAAGCCCACUAGCGCUCUCCACAUGGAGGAGGAGAAGUACAUAGCUCUUCGAAAGCGUAACAAUAUCGCCGUUAGAAAGUCACGUGAGAAACAGCGAGCCAAGCAGAAUGAAGUUAUCAAGACACUCUCGAUUCUCCGAGAUGAGAACUCGACUUUGCAGUCGACAGUGGCCGCAAGGAUUCGUGAACUAAACCUACUCAACAGCCUGCUCAAGCAAGUAAAUCACACACCCCCAAAACGCCUAUCGAAGAUUCUUAAUGCCUAUAACGCAGAACAGUUUCAGGAGAUGUUUUGCGACAAUAAAGUUGAUACUCCAACUUCGCAAUCAUCAACCUCAUCAACUUUCUCUUCAUCGUCGUCUCCACAAUCUAUUCCAUCUUCGUCGGCGGCAUCGAGGCUCAUAUCCUUCACGGCGUACCGGCAGCAGGAAUAG